CAUUAUUAAUUAUGACAAACUUAUUCUAAUAUGUCUUUAAAAUCAAGUUAAGAAUUUUCUUGUUCUAAGUUUUGCUUUUAUUCUUUUUGUGUUUAUUUUAUUGUAAGUUCAAUUCUUUUCGUGCUUUCAAGUUUAACUAAUUUUUUUUUACUCUCUUAUUGCCUAUAAAUCAAAACCAAUAACUUCUCAUUUUGUGCAUCAUUAAUUUUCUCAAUUUUAUUUUAUGAACAAAUCUCAAAUCUCAUAUUUUUCUCUAAUUAUUACACUUUUGCAGAGUGAUUUCUCAUAUUAGUGAAGGUUUUUUCAUGAUUAAUUUCUUUUUCUAAUUAUUCUCUUCUAGUAUUGUCUUUAUAAUUUCUUUUUUUUUACAUUUAUAGAAAUUAAUAAUUUUAUGAUCAUAUAACUUGAUUAGAGUGCAAACUAAUUAGUUGAAAGUAUUUUGACAAUAUAAUGGUUCUUUUUUUUUUCGUAUUUUUUGUACUUAAUAUGUUAUGCUAUUUUUAUUUUUAUAUAAUUAUAACAAAUAAUAUUACAUAAAGGAAAUUAGAAUUAUAUCUAGCUAUUUAGGCACACAUAGGGAUUCUACUUAGAAAACAAAAUCAUUUUUUUUUAAUUAUUACACACUUACACAUGAAUGUUUAUUAUUUAAUAUUUUUUCAUUGAUUCAUUAAUUUACUUAUGUAUUUUGGCAGGUGUAUACUUGGAAUAUUAAUUGAUAAAAAAGGCAUAGAAAAAUCAAUCAAUGGAACUCCAACACUUUGCUCAUGAGCAUCCUUUCAUCCUAAAAGAAGAAGAUCCUACAUCUCUAAAUCAAACUCUUCGAUGUAAAAUAUGUUGUCUUCCUAAUUUCACAGCUCCAUUUUACGCUUGCGAUUUGUGCCAACAUUACGUUCACAAAUCGUGUGCAGAGUUGCCGCAAUAUUUGUUUCAUCACCCUAAACACCCUUUCCACACUCUUAUGGUGUCUUUCGGUCAAAAUUAUUAUAAGUGCAACUCAUGUGAAAGUUACUAUACUAAUUCUCCCACUUUCACAUGUUUCCAAUGUGAUUUUCACUUAGACGUAAAAUGUGCUAUCAUAGCCCCCAUAACAAUCGAAAAAGUAGUACUUGACCUUGACGAUCAAACUACUACUACGAUUAUUCAACAUUCUACUCAUCUACAUCCAUUGGUUCGUAUCCCACUAGACAUUGUUGAUGAAAUUAUUUUUUGUUUUGGUUGUCAGUCACUAAUUAGUGAUGGUAGUCCAGUUUAUACUUGCAACGAAACUUGUUGGUAUUUCCUUCACGAGUCAUGUGCAGAAUUUCCAACAAAAAUUCAAUAUCCUUUCCAUUUGAACCAUGGUCUUCUUACUCUUCACGUACAAUAUUUCAACUGGCUCAAUGAUAAAUGCAACUUAUGUAACAAAAGCUACACAACAAUCUUCAUUUUCAAAUGUAAUGAGUGUAGCUUUCAGUUAUGUUUGAAAUGCGUUGCAACUAAAAUAGAUGCGAAAGGGUCUAUCAAGUAUAGAUAUCAUGAACACCUUCUUUGUUUUGCUUCAGAAGGUGACAUUCUUGUUGAUGAUCAGUGUAGUAGUUAUGAUUCUUAUUGCAAGCAAUCAACUGCUAUACUUGACACUAAAGAAUUUUGUAAAACCUCUCCUUAUGCAUUUUAUUGUUUGGAAUGCAACUUCAAAUCACACUUGUUGUGCGGGCCACUACCGUUUAUAAUUAAGUAUGAGUAUCACAUUCAUUCUCUGUUUCUUCUAGAGUGUUUAACCACUGAAGAAGGUGUAGAAGAUUAUUAUUGUGAUGUCUGUGAAAUGGAAAGAGAUCCACGAAUACGUGUGUACUAUUGUGCAUCAUGUAAAUAUGCUGCACAUGUACAUUGUCUUAUUCAAGAGGUUAUAAAUAUAUUUAAAGGAGGUCGAAAGCUUUUCAGAAUUAUGGGAGAAGAUCUUUGGUCUUUGGAAUGGGAUACACCUACAUCAAUGGAAGAAGAUGAAGCCAAGUCUCCCUCAAUAUUGAUUGAUAUCAUGAAUGCUCUUCCUCAAUCAGACAAAGAUUAUUUAAAGAAAUUUUAUGUAUGGGAUGAUUCGUGGUCGAAAAUCAAAGGACAACCCGAAAAACAUAAGCACAGUCACAAUACUAUUCAGUCUAAUCUUGAAGAUGAAGAUGUUAAUUGGAUUUUGGAACUUUCUUCUUUAGAAUACAAUUUAGAUCAUUUUGUAAAAACAAUUGUUGUGCCCCGGUUUUCUAAAGAAACAAGAGAAUUGAAAGCCGAAGAUUUGGGUUUAAAGCUUGUGACCGUGGAAGGUUAUAAAAUACCUCAUAUUGUGGCAUCGGUUUUCAAAAGAUUACUAAGUGUGCAUGGCGACAUUAGUUUGAAUUGUGAUAAGAUGUUAUCAAAAGAAGGGAAAAGUGUCCUCUAUUUCAUCUUGUGUCGGAUUUUGAAAAAAAUGGGCACCACCAAAAUUGCUGACAUCACCAUAGAUCUUAUGACGGAGUGGUUUUACAACAUAGAAAUAGUAAAAGAUGUCGGCUUCGAAGUUGAUUUUGUAGUUUUCUAUCUACUCAGUAGAAUUGUACCGGCUUUCUUUGGUACUCAAGCAAAAAGACUUGAACAUGAAAUUCCCGCAAUGAUAAAUAAACGGAUGGAAAAGCUACAACAUGAGAUGAUAAAGCUAAAGUCUCAAUUAGAGAUAUGUAAGGAUUUUCCUCCAAAAUCGGAGUUCAUGAAAGAGUGUUUGGCCUUUGCUUGUCAAAAGAAGUGGAGUAGUUCAUGUGAAGGAUUGCUUUAGGGCAUAACCUUGUUGUUCUUGGUUAUAUUUGUGUAAUUUGUAUUGUUGUGUGAAUUUAAGGUUUGGAAAUUCUUCUAAUUGGAAUAUUUGCUAUUUGUAAACAAGAAUAUUGUAUAUAUUUUAAUUAUUGUAUGGUAUGCAUGGGUAUA